AUGGCAUCAAUAAUAUCUUCAUUUAUAUACGUUUAUUUUAUAUUGACGAUUUCACAAACGUCUGCAGCACCCGAUAACGGUGGCUUCUUCUACGGCCCAACGAUAACAGAUCGUGAUCCUUCUGUAAAAAAAUGUCGGCACCGCAAAGUGUUUGGUAUGAUACAAGCCAUGUGUGCUGAUCUAAAUCUCAAACAAAUUCCCCCAAAUCUUCAGUCGAAUAUUCAGGACCUCGAAUUUUCCGGUAAUCGAUUGAGAGAAUUAAAUAAUAAUACACUUUUGCCAUACACAAGUUUGUCGUACGUUUAUUUUGUGGAUAAUUUUAUCAGUAGUAUAGAAGACGGUGCAUUUAUAAAACUACAAAACCUUCAAGUGUUAGAUCUAACGACAAAUGCAAUAACUGGAUUUCCAAAAAAUGUUUUGUCACUACCUCAACUGAGAAGUUUAUAUUUGAGUGAUAAUAAACUUGAGGAUGACGCUCUAGAACCAAUAUCAUCAUUAGAAGAUUCGACUGUUGAGCUGUUGGAUUUAUCGAAAAAUUUAUUGACUAAAUUACCUCCGGCGCGUGCUUUUACUCAACUAAAAGAGCUCAAUGUGUCUGCAAAUUCAAUAUCAACUAUAAAAGCUUCUGACGUUAGUGCAUUUUGUUCUCUGCACACUCUCGACCUUUCGAAGAAUCGCCUCACGUUUGAUGAUUCCUGCGAGUGCUUGAAAUUAAAUGCGUGGAUUAAAUUCCGUAAAAUAAAAAUUUUACCGCAAAAAAUUAUCUGCGACAGUAGUACCAGCAAUACUGAUAAAUGUUCUGUAACACAGCCACUGGAACAAUUGAUCUCUAAUGAAACGCUAAGAGCAUAUGAUAAUUGUAAAAAUAAUAUUGUAAUGCACAAUCAAAUGGUUAGGACCCGUACUACGUGGAUUGUUGUGUCUUCGUGUUUUAUUGUCAUCAUUAUUGCAUUAAUAGUACUUUUCUUAAUAUAUAAACGUAAUGCAAAGCGUAAAUUUCGUAAUAAAAAAGAAUUGGCGGCGUCUCAUCAAGUUAAUGACGAAUUACUUAAUGUCAAUAGUAUUAAUGAUAAAAAAUAA